CCUUCCAGCUACGCCGUGUUCCGUAGGUGGCUGUGAGCCCACGGAACUCCGUUUUAUUGCGCAGCCGUCGCGCAGGUUUCACCAACUUUCAGUAUCCCAGUUAUCUUCCAGACUUCCACCAGCUCGAACGCUGUUCGCAUUGCCGACUGGUAUUGUUGUGGCAGUGAUAAAUGUUUUAAGUAUUCAUACGAUGGGUGUAUUAUGGAUAUGGGCCGUAGCGGCCUGUUUCCUGGCCACCUCGGUGGCGGAUAGAGGAGGGUCCCUCCGCGGCGCUCUUGAAGCCCUUCAGCGUCGUCAGCGCGGCAGAAUGCACAACCAAGGUCCAGUCAUACCACAGGAUUAUGAUGCAUUGUACGAAUUUGUACCACCGCAGGCUUAUGCAGAGCCCGAUUAUGCCGUGGACGUUGAGGAUAUGGAUGAUGAACCCUCCCCACAAUAUGUUGUUAAAUUGCUUGAAAACAAUGAAGUACCUCCUGAUGCUUAUGAAUACAAAAUUAUUAAGAAAAAGAAUUCCGUUCCCCGAUCCACUACUAAAAAGGAAUCCGCAUUUCGUGAGAGAAGUCAACAUGCAGAUAAUGAUAGACUACGUGAUCUUUUUAUGGAAAGAAAUGAGCCUCAGGAAAAGGAAGAAAUGAUCGUAGAACGCCCUGAAAAUGAUGCAGAAUAUGCUGUACUUUUGGGCCAACUGUGGACAAAGUAUAAAAAUAAUAAAGCUAAUGCUAACCAUGCUGACAAUGCACCACAAGGUGUAGUGAAACUCUAUAAGGAAAAAAUAGUUAAGAAACGAUAUCCUAAUAAUUGGGGCCCAAUUGCUUUUAAAAGGAAGCGUAGCUCAGGCUUCGAAACGGAACUUCCAGUUGCGAGUGAAUUAGAUGAAAGUAAGAGUCUUGAUGGUAAUCAAGAUACCGAUAACUCAAAUUACAACGCAUAUGACGUAUCUGACGACGACAAGGACGACAUUCGGGAGGAAUAUGCUAUUGCUUUCCAACCCCUAGACGAUGAUAGCUUAUCGGAUUUAGCCGAUGAAGAUCAAUAUGCAUAUGAAAACAUUGAAAAACGUUUUCCAGUUUCAAAACGCAGCAGCAGCAGUACUGGAAGCACUAAUAUACAAAAGAAAAGAUUCGCCUUAAAUAAUAAUAAUGCAAAAACAUUCAGAAGUGGCGCAGGUACGGAUCCAAAAAUAAUACAAGAUUUAUCUAAAAUAUUUGGUAAUUCAGAAUAUGAAAUUAUUAAGAAUCCCGUUAAACGAAGCAGUGAACACGAAGAAACUCCUCAUGAAAUUAAGCCUCCUCGUGUUCCUCACGAUAACAACACCCAAGAACAUUCUAAUGCAUCAUUACCUGAAGAUGUAAGUCAUGAGCAUCACGGUCAUCCUCCGGGUGUAUCAGGCAAAGAAAUUGAACAUGAUAUAUCACAGCACGAUCAUAGUCAUGAUCAUAAUCAUGAUCACAGUCACGAUCAUAGUCACGAUCAUAGUAACGAUCAUAGUCACGAGCAUGAGACGGAAAAGACUAAAGUUGUUAGAAAAAAAUCCAUUGAUUGGUCUGACUAUUUUGGAAUUGAUAAGAGAUUUAAAAAAUCUGUACCCCCAGGCAAUAAUCUAAAUGAAGACAGACUUAAGAAGAUGUAUUUUGAUACUUUUAACAAAGAAGUUGUGUAUCCUGUCAAUAAUAUGAGGAAGAGUAGCUACAUGAAAAGAAGUUAUGACCCACAGAAGUUUAACAACAAGGCAAAUAUUGCUCUUAAGUUACGCGGAGAAAAAAGAAGUGCCGGUAUAGACACGGAGACAAAGCUAGAUAACUUUGAUAAAAAACUAAAGAACAUGGAAGGACUUAUCGUAGAUGAAGCUUUACAUUACUCCAACAUGGGAGAGGAGUUGGACUCUAAAGAAGAACAAGAAAUGAAAGAAAAAUUACUAUCUCGACUAGCGGCAGCUUAUAGCUUAGAAAAAAUGAGAAAAGCAUUAAAGGAAUUCAAACAAAGUCUACAAGUGCAGAGAACAACUCCUUCGUCGCAAUCUACACCUGAGGCUGACGCUAAAGACAAGCGAGUUGCUGUUAAAAAAGAAAAAAUAAACAUGAGUAAUGAGAUUCCCACAGAACAUCAACGUAAAGGUGACACUAGUGAAGAUUUUGAAGAUGAACAAGGUGCAGGUCAUUACAUAAAUGGCAAGCUUGAGGAACAAUUGUCUGAAGGAUACAUGGGAGGAAGUGGACGCCAUCGCUCGCCUGUCAUAUCAACGGUAAGCUCUGCUGGUGCGUGCCCAGUUCUGGCUAAAAUUGUGCAGCGAUGUCGUGGAGUUGAUUUGUUAGCCGGAGACCGCGGUCAAUUGUUCCUCCCGUUGUGCAGUUUACAUCAAAUUUGCUACCUUUGUGGCGAAGCACCACCAACAACUUGUGACCUUGUUUUUCUAUCGGAAGCUGAUUCAACGUGUGAGGGUGACAUGAGUUGCCAGCGCGCCGCUCGUUCCGCUCUUAUGGCUCUUAGAGAGUUGCACGACAAUCUCGCUGACGAACUGGACGGGGAAUGCGAAGCUAGCCCUUGCCUUCCCGCAACACUGAAACUGAACUUAGGAUGGCAAAGAGCUCUUCAACGAAUAUAUUAUGUGAUGGCCGAUAUUUCUCAUACAGAAUCACGAGGGAUCGAAAACUUAGCGGCUACCGCGGAUGACGGAUCUAAUUUAAGACCGGAUUCAGUUAUAUCGCAACAACCACAGUCAAAUGACAAUCCUCGAGCCGAGCUGCCCGUGUCCACGGUCGACUGGAGGCAGAAUGCCGUGACGCCUCUCCGACCCAUGCAUGGUCUGGACUUCCUGAUCGGCGUGUCCAGCCUCCUCAUUCAGCAGACUGUAGAACUUAAUGAUUUAACAUCUAGCAUAGACUCAGAAAACUGGUACAUAGUGAGGGUACCGAAUGGUCCAUCCCUGUUCUUGGCCAGUGAGAGAUCGUCCAAAACACAAAGACUGUUCUGUGGUGUGGGGAGAGCGUUCACAUUACACCUUCAUGAUAACAGCAGGCAAGGAGCCAUGGAUAUGGAACGGCGGUUGGCUGCUGCGUCAUGUUUCUUUCCUUUCAGAUUGCAAGAAAUGAAAGUGAUCACACCACCAGGUGACUACAUCGGUCGCAUCCAGCAGCAGUGGACGUGGAUGGUGCCCUUCUACCUAGUGAGAAAUCUUAAUGAUGACGUCAUAUACGUAAUCGAGGGUCCGGCUAGACUGAACAAGAGUAACUUGAUAUUAUCAGAGUUUAAGAUAUUGACCAGCGAUUCUCUCCGUCAAGUGGGCAAGAUCUUCCACAAUUGGGACCGUGAGCUGGUCAGUUUUGUGACCACUGUCAUAUUUCCAGACUGCGCAGUGCAGCCGAAGCACAAAGCUCUGCUAUUAGCUGCAACGUUUCUACUGGAAUAUACAUAUUUUGAGAGAGCGAAAACAAGCUGCCUUCGAUGCAACUGUUGUUAAAAAGAUUUUAAUGAUC